CUGUGCAGAUUUGCAUCAUUCCUUGCCCGGGGCUGGCCCGGGUUUUGCAGACAUUUUCUCUGCUGGAGUCCUGUCGCCAGCGCACACGCACCUCGUCGCCUAACCUAAGGAGUGAGAGGGCUGACAAAGUGUGGAGACUGUCUGUCCAGUGGCCCUCUACCUUAUUGCAAGAUUUCUUAACAUCCAUCGACUGCCGCUGUCGCCGCGCUCUAACAGAUCCUGGACCACAGCUCCUAUGUGAUGGGGCUCCAGUGCGGCCCGCCGUCCACGUAUUUCAUAAACAACGUUUAAAAACUACAUGAGAGUCCACUCUCAAGAAGACUUUACCCCUCCGUGAUGGAGAAAUAUGAAAAAAUUGGGAAGAUUGGCGAAGGCUCCUACGGGGUGGUGUUCAAGUGCAGAAACAGAGACACGGGGCAGAUCGUGGCCAUCAAGAGGUUUCUGGAAACUGAAGAUGACCCUGUCAUAAAGAAAAUCGCCCUUCGAGAAAUCCGCAUGCUCAAGCAACUCAAGCAUCCCAACCUCGUCAACCUCCUGGAGGUCUUCCGGAGGAAGCGGAGGCUCCACCUGGUGUUCGAGUAUUGCGACCACACGGUGCUUCAUGAGCUGGAUAGAUACCAGAGAGGGGUACCAGAACAUCUCAUGAAGAGCAUAACUUGGCAGACACUGCAGGCUGUAAAUUUCUGCCAUAAACACAACUGCAUACACAGAGACGUAAAGCCAGAGAACAUUCUCAUCACGAAACACUCAGUCAUUAAGCUCUGUGACUUUGGGUUUGCACGGCUUCUCACUGGACCAGGUGACUACUACACAGACUAUGUGGCCACCAGGUGGUACCGCUCACCUGAGCUGCUGGUGGGGGACACACAAUAUGGUCCCCCAGUAGAUGUUUGGGCAAUUGGCUGCGUCUUUGCUGAGCUGCUGUCCGGAGUGCCUCUGUGGCCAGGAAAAUCAGAUGUGGAUCAGCUCUAUCUGAUAAGGAAAACCCUGGGGGAUCUCAUUCCCAGGCACCAGCAAGUAUUUAGCAUGAAUCAGUACUUCAGUGGGGUGAAAAUUCCAGACCCUGAAGACAUGGAAACCCUUGAGUUGAAAUUUCCAAACAUCUCCUACCCUGCCCUGGACUUCUUAAAGGGCUGCCUCCACAUGGACCCUGCUGAGAGGCUGACAUGUGAACAGCUGUUGCAGCAUCCAUAUUUUGACAGCCUUCGAGAAGUUGGCGAGUUGACAAGGCAACAUGACAAGUCAGUGAGGAAGACCCUGAGACAGAGUCGGAAGCACCUGACCGGGGUAAAGCUGGUGCACUGCUUUACAGAAACAUCCAAGUUGCAGUACCUACCUCAGCUAACCAGCAGCAGCAGCCUCCUCCCAGCUUUGGACAAUAAGAAGUACCACUGUAGUACCAAGAAAUUUAACUACCAUUUUCCAAAUAUUUAAGGAGUGGGCAGAGUGAUGAAGAACCAAUAAUUUGAAGGAAAAAAAAUGUAGACAUUUGAUUCCUGUAGUGACCACACAUCAGGAGAAAAUACAGACAGGAAGCUGGAGACCACUUGGCGGGAAGAUACGAAGAAGAAGUCCAGAUCCAGACUCCCGUGCUUGGUGGGGUGUCCAGAGAAGACAGCAAAAGCUGGGAUCUCACCCUCUGCUUAUCUAAGCAGCAGAGUGGAAAGACUGAGCGUGAACUGUGCCUGCUGCCCAUAGCUGCACCAGAGGAUGUCCAAAGGCCUUAUGCUUCCGUUUGCCAUAUGCCAUAUGUGAAAAGUGGAUUAUGAAAUGUCCACAUGCAUUUCUUUAGAUCUGUUUUGAGUCCUAUCUCUACUGUUGUUCUCAAAUCAUAUUUAAGUAUGAUUUUAGUCCCUGAAGUCAAAAUGUUUGAUGCUAUUUCCUGUUUGCUCUUUCUUGAUUUUUGUGUUUUAAGACAUGUUUUAGGAUAUCUAAGUUGAUAGGAAUAUCUAGUCUUAAAACUUUGUAGGUUUUAUGCUUGUAUAACCAAUGAGAUACUUAUACAUCUCUUACAUAUAGUUUUAUCUUUACCCUAAGAAAGGAUGCAUCAGAAAGGGAUAGGACAAGACCCACAGGCCUCACAGAAAGAGCCUGUCAGCCAGUAAAUAAUUAUCACUCCGUUUUUCAGCUCAUCCUCACACCUGAAGACUGUUCUGUAAGUAAAACUCAAAUGAUCUGGAUUUAGAUGUAAUUGCUUGUGGACUUCAAUGUGAAUCAAGAAACACGCAGAUUGCUAACUGAUAUUCUCUCCUUAAAGUAUCUCUUAUUACAUUCUAUAUAUCAUGUCUAUGUACAUGUCUGUGAAUACACACUCAUACACUUGAACACAUAUAUAUGUGUACAUACCAUGCUAAUGAAUACAGUGUAACAAAUGAGGAAGUGGUAAACCGAAUAGAGAGGAUUUUUAAACAGUGAGACAUAAAAUUACCUUCGAUUCGGUUUAUUAUUGCUAAUAGCAAAGCUUUUCUUCGCUGUCCCCUGGACACGGGCAAUGUAAGCCCAUAUCAGUUUCUCACUAUCAUUUCUGGUUGGUGCUGCUGGUUCACAGGAGUUCUCAGACAUGGAUUUCAAAGCUCUAUUUUCCUGCACCUUUACAACAUUUCCUCUGCACGCUCAUUUUCCUUCUUGUGUUAAUUUCAUGACAUCACUUAGCCCCGUUCCCUUCCUGCUAUGUAGUUUACUAAAUUCUGUUCAACAAUCUUGGCUACUCCAAGGCAAAUUAAGGCUUCCUUAGUACAGAAAGCUUCUUCCAUAGACCUGACUGAGGGUGGGUUAAAGAACAGCCCCGGCGUUACUCAGUUCCUCUUAGACAGCCAUGUUAAAUGACAAGGAAGGAUAUCAACUUCUGUGAAUAGUUCAGAUUGCCUCCCCAACGCUCUUCUUAAGACAAUAAACAUGUAUUUGGUGGCAAAUGGUGGUAACUGCCUAAUUUAUCCGUAGUUUUACAGAAAACUGUAGAUUAGAAAAGCCUCUCCAGAUGAAGUCAUGACAAAUUAGCUGUUGGGCCACACAGUACUGAAACAGACCUGAGAUAAAAGGGCUUGCCUUUCUUCGGUGCAGUCUAUUACAUUUAUGCCUAUGCGCAAUGGAAAUCUGAGCAAACCUGCUAGCCUCCUCUCCUAUGUGGAAUCAGCACAUACCCCAUGAGACCAUUCUACAUGUCUUCUACUUUGUCUUUGUUUUUAUUUACUGUUUUCUGACUUGCAAAUGACAGUCAUAUAUGUAAUUGUCACUUUCCCAUGAAUUAGGGUGGUUUGUUUUGUUUUGUUUUUGUUUUUGUUUUUAUAAGCAGAGUUCUAAAACCAGCUGGAGUUCCCUUUUCUGCCUGAGAGCUGCACUGCAGUAGGUCAUUCCUAGUCAAAUUUAUAUUCAGCAACCCGAUAUCCAACCAUGCAUACAGAAACCUACACAUGAAUCAGAAUAUAACUACCAAUGAUGGAAUUACAGCUACAUCAGGAAAAAAAUUAAAGACUAGUUUUUAUCCCCUUAUGACAUUCUUUAUUAGUGUUUUCUAGAUAUAAAAUUCAUUUUCAUGUUUAUAUUUUUAUGUCCCUUGAGUUCAUAGGAGGUAGCAUUCAAAAUAUUUGAGGGACAGCAAAAUUUAGCUUUUAAUCAAUGCACUAACUUCUGUCUGAAGUAGAUAGGGAGUAAGGACAGCCUGGCUCCUGCUUUGUUUUACCAGCAAAACUAGUUGGGUACAGACGAGAACCUGUGUUCAGUUCUAUCUAGCAGUAGCCCAAGCGUAGAAGUAGGGAGAAUUAACCAGCAUUCUUCAUUCCGAGAAAGGGUAUUUUUAAAAAGUAUGUCCUAUUGGAACACAGAAAUGCAGGAGCUUGAGCAGUAUGUACAAAUCCUGGGAAGGAAUACAGCGUGCUGUUCUCAACACCACUCACCACUGUGCACAGCCGACUCCACCACUGAACCUGUGACUGGAGCUUUCAGUUUUUCACGGUCGGGCAUUUGCAGCAACAUGCCUCAGUGCCUUUAGAGAUGUACAUUAUCAUAACACAAAAAAGAGUAUUUGCAAUGCGGUUUAAAGAUCUCUGUAUCAAUAUCUACACCAAUACAUACAUUAUACAUGUCAACGAGGAAGACAAUAGAAUUAAAAUGUUAUCCAUAUUUUAAAAGUGAUUUAAUGUACAUAAUUUCUCUCUUCCAACUAGGUAACUUUAGUGAGUCACUUUUAAGUAUUUAUUUUCUACUUCUCCAUUAUUCAGACAUCUUCUUAGUUCCACUGGUGAUGAUGGAGUGUGUGUAGCUAUUUAGUAGGAGCAAUUUCAAAUGACCCUGUGUGCUGAAAUCAGACACGUAUUUUACUUCAGGUUUAAUUUUAGUUCUAGAGAAGGCAGUGCUGUUUCAAAGACUUGGACAAGAUUUUCUUUAUCUCUGACUCCAGGAAGAUCACUUAAAUACAAAUACCUGAGGUUCCUGCAAACAGAGGAAAAAACAAAGUCAUUUCAGUGUGGCCUUUUAUGACUGUAAAAAUGAAUUCAAUUUAUAUGAUGUUUAGGAAGUAAUAUGUAGAUGGUAUCUACAUCACCACACACCUUCCAAAUGGCUUUUAGAGCAAUAUCAUUGGAAGGCUACUUUAAAUGAAACUCAUGCGAGACUUCAAAAUUAUUAUUUUUCCUUAUUUCACUGACUUCUGAGUCUUUUUUAUU